CUUCAGCUCAGAGCUCCUGCUGGGGAAAAAAUAGAGCAGAUAGAGGAAGAAAAGAGGCAGAGUUGGAGGGAGAAGGAGAGUUAGAGAGAGAGAGAAAGAGAGAGAGAGAGAAAGAGAGAGAGGGAAGCCGGGGGUGGACCGCUAAUUUCAUCCACACACCGUCGUGAAGUCGUGGAGGAGAGCAAGGCUGAGCUAUAUACAGUGUGAUAUACUGCUGUACCAUCACCUCGCCGAGGACCGGGGGACGUACGAGAGAAGCCGCAUAUAUAUUUAUAUAUAUAAAGCUUUAUAAAUAGCCCACAUGUAUAAUAUGGAUCAGUACGAUGAUAGCAUUGACUAUAUGCAACAAGAAGACGACUGGGAUCGGGAUCUCCUCUUGGAUCCUGCAUGGGAGAAGCAGCAGAGAAAGACAUUUACAGCUUGGUGUAACUCUCACCUGAGGAAAGCAGGCACGCAGAUUGAGAACAUCGAGGAGGACUUCCGGGAUGGAUUGAAACUCAUGCUGCUGUUGGAGGUCAUCUCAGGCGAACGCUUGGCCAAACCAGAGAGAGGCAAGAUGAGAGUCCACAAGAUCUCCAACGUUAACAAAGCGCUCGAUUUCAUCGCCGGUAAAGGAGUGAAGCUGGUGUCUAUCGGAGCGGAGGAGAUCGUAGACGGCAACGCUAAGAUGACCCUGGGAAUGAUCUGGACCAUAAUCCUCCGCUUCGCCAUCCAAGACAUUUCUGUUGAAGAGACAUCUGCCAAAGAGGGUCUCCUGUUGUGGUGCCAGAGGAAGACUGCGCCCUAUAAGAACGUCAACAUACAAAACUUUCACAUCAGGACCCCAUGACCAAUCUGAACACAGCCUUCGACGUGGCAGAGAAGUACCUGGACAUCCCCAAGAUGUUGGACGCAGAAGAUAUUGUGGGCACUGCCCGUCCGGACGAGAAGGCGAUCAUGACCUACGUCUCUAGCUUCUACCACGCCUUCUCAGGCGCCCAGAAGGCGGAGACAGCGGCCAACAGGAUCUGCAAGGUGCUGGCUGUCAACCAAGAGAAUGAGCAGCUGAUGGAGGACUAUGAGAAGCUGGCCAGUGAUCUGUUGGAGUGGAUCCGCCGCACCAUCCCCUGGCUGGAGAACCGCAUGCCUGAGAACACCAUGCAGGCCAUGCAGCAGAAGUUGGAGGACUUCAGAGAUUACCGCCGCCUCCACAAGCCGCCCAAAGUGCAGGAGAAGUGCCAACUGGAGAUCAACUUCAACACCCUGCAGACCAAACUGAGGCUCAGCAACAGGCCUGCCUUCAUGCCCUCAGAGGGAAAGAUGGUCUCGGACAUUAACAAUGCAUGGGGAAGUCUAGAGGGAGCAGAGAAAGGCUAUGAAGAGUGGCUCCUCAAUGAGAUUCGCAGGCUGGAAAGACUCGACCACCUGGCUGAGAAAUUCCGCCAGAAAGCAGCCAUCCAUGAAGCCUGGACUGAAGGUAAGGAGGAGAUGCUGCAAAAACGGGACUACGAGACGGCCUCUCUGUCAGAGAUCAAGGCCCUGCUGAAGAAACACGAGGCCUUCGAGAGCGACCUGGCCGCACAUCAGGACCGUGUGGAGCAGAUCGCAGCCAUCGCACAGGAGCUAAAUGAGUUGGACUACUACGACUCUCCUAGUGUAAACGCUCGCUGCCAGCGGAUUUGUGACCAGUGGGACGGACUGGGAGCUAUGACCCAGAAACGCAGCGAGGCUUUGCAGAGAACCGAGAAGCUCCUUGAAACCAUCGACCAACUCUACCUUGAGUUUGCCAAAAGAGCGGCUCCAUUCAAUAACUGGAUGGAGGGCGCAAUGGAGGACCUUCAGGACACUUUUAUCGUCCACACCAUUGAAGAAAUCCAGGGAUUGAGCACGGCCCACGAGCAGUUCAAAGCCACGCUGCCAGAGGCGGACAAAGAGCGCCAGGCCAUCUUGGGCAUCCACAACGAGAUUGCCAAAAUUGUGCAGACCUAUCACGUGAACAUGGCUGGCUCCAACCCUUACACCACCAUCAACCCACAGGAGAUUAAUGCCAAAUGGGACAAGGUCCGGCAGCUGGUGCCUCAGCGCGACCAGGCUCUGAUCGAGGAGCACGCCCGGCAGCAGAACAACGAGCGUCUGCGCAGACAGUUUGCCAACCAGGCCAAUGUCAUCGGGCCCUGGAUCCAGACCAAGAUGGAGGAAAUCGGCCGCAUCUCAAUCGAGAUGCACGGCACCCUGGAGGACCAGCUGACGCACCUACGCCAGUACGAGAAGAGCAUCGUCAACUACAAGCCAAAGAUCGACCAGCUGGAGGGAGACCACCAGCUCAUUCAGGAAGCUCUCAUCUUUGACAACAAGCACACCAACUACACCAUGGAGCACAUCCGCGUGGGCUGGGAGCAGCUACUCACCACCAUCGCCCGCACCAUCAAUGAAAUCGAGAACCAGAUCUUGACGCGAGACGCCAAGGGCAUCACCCAGGAGCAGCUGAAUGAGUUCCGUGCUUCCUUCAACCACUUCGACAGGGACCACUCGGGCACUCUGGGCGCGGAGGAGUUCAAGGCCUGCCUGAUCAGCCUGGGCUUCGAUAUCGCCAACGAUGCACAGAAGAGAACAGGAUUCAUGGAUGCUGAAGACUUCAAAACCUGCCUUAUCUCCAUUGGUUACAACCUGGGUGACAACGAGUUCUCCCGCAUCAUGAGCAUAGUGGAUCCCAACCGGCAAGGCACCGUCACCUUCCAGGCCUUCAUCGACUUCAUGUCCCGCGAGACGGCCGACACAGACACUGCCGACCAAGUCAUGGCCUCCUUCAAAGUCCUGGCAGGGGAUAAGAACUACAUUUUAGCAGACGAGCUGCGCAGGGAGCUGCCUCCAGACCAGGCAGAGUACUGCAUCGUUCGCAUGGCCCCUUACACCGGUCCCGACAGUGUGCCCGGAGCCCUCGACUACAUGUCUUUCUCUACCGCUCUGUAUGGAGAGAGCGACCUCUGAACACUCUGUCAGUCGUCCUGACUCGGGACCACCAGCCUACCUGCUCUUACCACUGCCACGUCCUCCUACCGCCCCGGCACCAUCACACUCCUGUCCUACUACGCUCAUUUUUUGUAUGUCUCUGGCCUUAUCUUUUUUGUCAUUAUCCUCUGUCUCCUCCUCUUCCUCCUCCUCCUCCCACCGCUCCCUCACACUCUGUCUCCGUUGUACGUGCUUCCCACGCAAUGCAGCAGCUCUCCAGGUUUACAAAGAGGGAGAGAGAAAAAUGUUUGUUUCUGUUUUUAUUUUCUUGUUGUCAUUGUUUUUCUGCAUUAAAAUGAAUAAAGUUAACAUAUUUUAUUAUACUGAACAAAAAAGGUAUUUUUCUUCACCUGAUUGAAAAUAAGAGACAAAUUGUAAUAAAGAAAAAAAAUUGCUAUACUUUCUCUUCUUAUUCUCUGUUUGCUACAGGGAUCAGCUUUGGUUGUGACAGAUGUACACUGACAGAUUGUGCAUUUAACAGACUCUCUGACGCAGAAACACAUAUAAUGCCAGCAAGUGUAGAGAAAACAAACUGCCUAUAUCAUCACACUGUAUAUAUCCUAUACUGGUAA